AUGGCGCUGCAGCUGCAGCUGCCGCUGCCGCGGCCGCUCGCCGCCGCCCGGCCCUCCAUCCUCCUCCCUUCCCCGGCCCAUGGCGCCUCCGCUUCCGCGACCGCCCUUCACGCCCGCGCCGGCGGCGUCGCGUUCUCGCUCCAGACCAACGUGCGCCUCAUCAAGCCCAACCGCCGCGUCCGCCGCUCCGGGACCCCUACUACGACCUCGACGAGGACGAUGAGGAGGAGGCGGAGUUCGAUGAAGACGAUGAUGACGAGGGCUACGAGAGCGAUUAUUUGGACAAGACUUUUGCUAUUUUGCGGUUCACAUGUGCAAUACACAGCUCUCACGGAUGACAUGUCGGGUUUGGAAUAUCCUGGUGUACUUUAUUCAAACAGCCCUCGUGCUUCAAGCAAGAGACAAGAACUAGAACCUCCACUGGUAAAAGAAAACUGGGAAGGAAGACAACCCAAAACUCGUGAUAACUACGGCAGUCCAGGAAAAAGUAAGUCCCUGUAUCCUAGGAGUAAAGUGGGACGACCAUCAAUGGAUCUUAAGAACAUGGAUAGUGAAGUUGAGUUGAAAAAUGCAAGUAUCUCUCGAAGUCUGUUCCAGAAAUUACAAGAAGAGUAUGACUUUGAUGACAAAUGGUUACCACUGAUUGAUUACUUGUGCACAUUUGGGCUAAAGGAGUCUCAUUUUACUUACAUCUAUGAGAGACACAUGGCCUGCUUUCAAAUCAGUCAGGCUUCAGCAGAAGAAAGGUUGGAUUUCCUGCUAAGUGCUGGGGUUAAAAGCAAGGAUAUGAAGAGGAUACUGGUCAGGCAGCCACAGAUUCUGGAAUACACCCUUGGCAAUCUGAAAUCUCAUGUUGAUUUUCUCGUGAGCAUUGGAGUUCCGAAUACACGAAUAGGACAAAUUGUUUCUGCUGCUCCUUCGAUGUUCUCUUACAGUGUGGAGCAGUCUCUGAAGCCAACAGUAAGGUAUCUGAUUGAGGAAGUAGGUAUUGAGGAGAGUGAUGUUGGGAAAGUAGUGCAGCUAAGCCCACAGAUUCUGGUGCAGAAAAUUGAUAGUGCAUGGAAAUCUCGAUCGCUUUUCCUGACAAAAGAACUGGGCGCACCCAAAGAUAGCAUUGUUAAGAUGGUCACAAAGCACCCUCAGCUGCUUCACUACAGCAUUGAGGAUGGAAUCUUACCUCGAAUAAAUUUCCUGAGAAGCAUUGGUAUGAGAAACUCUGACAUUCUCAAAGUAUUGACAAGUCUUACUCAGGUGUUAUCUUUGUCAUUGGAGGACAAUCUCAAGCCAAAGUAUCUUUACUUGGUCAAUGAACUCAAGAAUGAGGUUCAAUCCUUAACGAAAUAUCCUAUGUAUCUGAGCUUGUCUCUUGAUCAGAGAAUCCGUCCCCGCCACCGUUUUCUGGUUUCAUUGAAGAAAGCUCCAAAGGGUCCAUUUCCUCUGAGCUCCUUUGUGCCUACAGAUGAGCGUUUUUGCCAGAGGUGGGCUGGGACUAGCUUGGAGACAUACCACACAUUCAGACAGAGGUUGCUGCUAACAGGUUUUGCAGAGAAGUCUGGAAGGAAAACACUAGUCUCAAGACGGUAG